AUGGCAUCUCUGUCCAAAUCGCUCCGAUUCACAAUCUUCUUCGCGCUGGCGCUCUCCGUCCUGUUCGCCGCCGCGGAAGCCGGCCGGCCGUUCAACAUCAUGAAGUCGGAGACGGCGCAGGCAGCUGGGUGCGCGAUUGACCGAUUCUUCGACGGUUUGGUACUGGGCGGAAUGAAGAACUCCGGUCCCAGCCCGGGAGUGGGUCACAGCUUCACCACGGGCACCCACCAGUGA